GAACUCUAUUCUCUUUUUGCUUUUUUUAUUUAUUUGUCCUCAGCGCCAUUAUUUUUUUCAUUAAAAGGACACCGCUAGUAUUGCCGCCCUUUCGCACGUUAAAAAAAUUUUUUUAAUGAAUUAAUCUACUUUUUUUAUUUUAACUUUUUUAGGUGAAUUAUGCGUAAACGAAGAAGAAAAACAACAGCUUUUUCUAUCAACACAAGUGAACUUCUUCGUCUUUAUUUUAAAUUUUCUUCACAUUCUUGCCUUACUUUUUUAUUUUGUUGUUUUUUCUGCCUAAUUGUUUAUUGCUCUUCUGUUCAUGGACGAUCUUCACCUGUUGCUCUAACGGAUGUUCUAAUUCAAACUACUUUAGGAAAAAUUAUUGGGUUUAAACAGAAGUUUGAUGGAAAAUCUGUCCAUACGUUUCUGGGCGUUCCGUAUGCAAAAAGGCCAACUGGUUCAGGUCGAUUUGGGCUUCCUGAAAUGAUUGAACCUUGGGAAGGAGAAUUCCGAGCAGAUAAACCAGCUAGAACAUGUUUCUUUUCCAGAGAUACUAUGUUUCCAGAUUUUCCUGGUGCAGAAAUGUGGAAUCCGCCUAACGAUAUUGACGAGGAUUGCCUUGCUAUGAAUAUUUGGGUUCCUGAGCAUCACGAUGGCACUGUUCUUGUGUGGAUUUAUGGAGGUGGAUUUUACUCGGGCUCUCCUUCUCUUGAUUUAUACGAUGGGCGAGUUUUGGCUGUUCAAGAGCGUGCAGUUGUUAUCAAUAUCAAUUAUCGGUUAGGCCCUUUUGGAUUUUUGUAUUUUGGGGAUGAUACAUCAGUUCCUGGCAAUAUGGGACUACAGGACCAACAAAUGGCUUUGAAAUGGAUACAUGAACAUAUUGCCCAUUUUGGUGGCGAUCCUCGGCGUGUUACUCUUUUCGGUGAGAGUGCGGGUAGUGCUUCAGCAAUGGCACAUAUUUAUUCUCUUUUUUCGCGCAUUAUUGCACAAAGUGGGUCAAUCAUUAAUAAUUGGGCUACAAAGCCAAAAGCUUCCAUCCUUCAACUUUCUCUGCAAUUGGCGCAUCAUUUGAAUUGCAGCAAUGGAAAUAACUCUACUAAAGCGAUGCAGAAUAUAGUGGAAUGUAUAAAACGUGUACCAACAGCAAUUAUUCAACGGGCUGGUGAUGCUGUUUCUCAAUCGUUAAGCCUCCCAAUGGAUUUUGCAUUUGUUCCAAUAGAUGAAGAUACGCACUUCUUUCGUGGUAAUGUCUUCGACAAAUUGCGCCGAAAAGAUUUCAAACGUGAUGUUAGCAUUCUUGUGGGGACUGUACGAGAUGAAGGAACUUACUGGUUGCCCUAUUGUUUACAAAAAAACGGGUUUGGCUUUAACCAUACAAUAUCUCCUGAGGAUCAUAUAAACCAGGCAUUGAUAACUGACAAAGCUUUUGAUGCAUUUCUUCCUUAUUUUGGCAAUUCAAAUUUGGUACGUCAUGCACUUAUGCACGCAUAUUCACAUCUGCCUACAGAUAAGCAAGAACAAAUAUGGCGGGAUGGUGUUGCACGUUUUCUGGGUGAUUAUUUCUUCACUUGUGAUAGUAUUGAGUUUGCUGAUAUUGUCUCUGAUGAAUUGUAUGGUUCUGUCUACAGUUUUUAUUUCACGAGGCGAUCAUCGGUUUAUUUUUUUAAUAUUUUGAUUAAUUCAAAUUAUAGGCAAAUCCUUGGCCACAAUGGAUGGGAGCAAUGCAUGGCUACGAAAUUGGUAUUACUUGUUUUAAAUUUUUGUCAUUCAAUAGUUAAAAAUUUUAUAUUAGAAUAUGUGUUCGGAUUGCCUUUGAGAAGCCCUCACCUUUACGAUCCGUCAGAAUUGGAAUUGGAAAUAUCAUUUUCUACAAAAAUUAUGGAGUUUUGGGGACAUUUUGCGCGAACUGGGGAACCUGUAGAAUUUUGGCCAAAAUAUAAUCGGAUAACGAGAAAAUCUUUGAUUCUAAGCGAGGAAAUUGCUACUGGCACGAGUCAUCGUAUUUAUGUAGAUGUGCACGGAAAACUUUGUAGAUUGCUGGAGGAAGCUCAAGCGGUAGCUGGAAUUACUGGAGAACAGAGGUCCCGUAUUUGCCCCGACGGUCGUUCAACUACAGUUAAUUAUGGACAAGAGAUUUCAAUGGAAGAUGUUAAAGAAGAAAUGCAACUAAAUAGAGGAAUCAGUGGUAUUAAUAGAAUUCCUUCAAUCAAAAUUUAUAUUUCAUUAAUAAUUUUAUCAUUAGCUUUAUUAAGAUCUCCUGAAAUAUCUUUCCUGUAUUCAUCAUUUAUUUUUAAAUAA